CAGUAAAAAGAGAGAGAAAAGAAUGGAGGAAAAAAGAUGGCUAGUAGUAGUAGUAGUAGUAGAUUUUACUACUACUUAUUACAGCAGAGAUACAACAAGCGGAGUAUAAAGAGGACUGGAGAAGGCAAGAGAGAGAAAAAUCUUGAAGUCAAACCUAAACAAACGUGAACAACAACAACUACAACUGGACAAAACCGAGUAGAAAAAAAUCCUGCUGGUUUCCAGGCGUGCGGUGGUCAGGUUGGAUGAUCGAAGCCGAUCGGGGAUGGUCGUCGGCUACGGCGGCGGAGGCCGGUGGUGGAGUAGUUGCUGAGUCGGUGGCUGGGAGGGGUGGUGGUGGUGGUUUAGGUGAAGGAUAUGAAGAAGGGGAAAGGUAGCAAGAACAGUGGUGGCCUUUUGCCCAAUUCGUUGAAGAUUAUAUCGUCUUGUAUCAAGACUGUCUCGACGAAUGCUAGCACCGUCGUCCGCUCCGCCGGCGCUUCCGUCGCCGCUUCUAUAUCUGCUUCCCCCGAUGAUCGUAAAGAUCAGGUAACCUGGGCUGGCUUUGAUAAACUAGAACUUGGUCCCACGACCUUCAAGCACGUUCUUUUACUUGGCUAUCAGAAUGGUUUCCAAGUCUUUGAUCUUCAGGAUGCCACUAACUUCAGUGAAUUGGUGUCGAAGCGCGAUGGUCCUGUCACAUUCCUACAGAUGCUGCCAAUACCGGCAAAAUCCGAGAGUGGUGAAGGAUUCAGGUCAUCGCAUCCUUUACUGUUGGUUGUUGCAGGGGAUGAACCCAAUAGCUUAAGCCCUGAUGAAACUAGGUUCCAUUUGGGCAGAGAUGGUACUGUGGAGCAUCAUUCAGUGAACUAUGCCAACUCUCCGACUGCUGUUCGCUUUUACUCUCUCAGGUCGAACAGUUUUGUGCAGGCGCUAAAGUUUCGGUCAGCUGUUUGUAUGGUUAGGUGUAGUUCUCGGAUAGUGGCUGUCGGACUUGCAACACAAAUAUGUUGUGUUGAUGCUAUCACCCUUGAGAUUAAGUUCAGUGUCCUCACUUAUCCCAUGCCUCAAAUCGGAGGACAAGGGUCAGUUGGAGUCAAUUUUGGAUACGGUCCAAUGGCGUUGGGUCCUAGGUGGUUAGCUUAUGCUACUGACAAUCCACUUGUAUCAAACACAGGUCGCUUAAGCCCAAGAAACCUUACUCCCUCUCCAGGUGUUAGUCCAUCAACAUCACCUGGCAGUGGAAGUCUGAUGGCUAAACAGCUGGCUAAUGGUAUAUUCAAUCUGGGCGACAAGGGGUAUAAAACUCUGACUAGAUACUGUCCAGAUCUCCUUCCAGAUUCUCCAAGUUCUCCAGUAUCACCAAGUUCAGGCUGGAAAGUUGGUAGGCUCACAGCUUCUGAAGUGGAGAAUGCAGGAAUGGUAGUUGUGAAGGAUUUCAUAUCUCGAGCUGUUAUAUCACAAUUUAGGGCUCAUACCAGUCCCAUAUCCGCAUUAUGCUUUGAUCCCAGUGGAACCCUUCUGGUUACUGCUUCAGUUCAUGGAAAUAACAUAAACAUCUUCCGUAUCAUACCAUCUUGUAUGCAUGCUUCAGGCAAUCAAACCCAUGAUUGGAGCUCUGCACAUGUGCAUCUUUACAAGCUGCACCGUGGAAUAACAAAAGCUAUCAUUCAAGAUAUUAGUUUUAGUCAUUAUAGUCAAUGGGUUGCUAUUAUUUCGAAUAAGGGGACUUGCCAUAUAUAUGUUAUGUCGCCUUUUGGUGGUGAUGCUGGCUUUGAAACUCUUAAUCCUCAUGGCGAAGAUCAAUCUCUUUAUCCAGUUUUAACUCUGCCAUGGUGGUCUACUUCAUCUUUCAGUAUUAAUCAGCAUGAUUCUCCACCGCCCCCACCUGUUACCCUAUCUGUUGUUAGCCGCAUAAAAGAUACCAACUCCGGGUUGCUUAGUUCAGUUACCAAUGCUGCUUCUUCAGCGGCAGGAAAAGUUUCUGUUCCAUCUGGUGCUGUUGCUGCUGUUUUUCACAACAGUAUAUCUCGUGGUUUUCAAGACAUUCAGCCAAGGGCCAACCCAUUGGAGCAUCUGUUGGUUUAUACUCCAUCAGGUUAUGUUGUUCAAUAUGAACUUCUGCCACUAAUCGGAGUAGAACUGAGUGACAAUGGUUUAAGAACUCGGUCGAAUUCCUACAUGCACACCGCAGAUGAUGAAUUAAGGCUGAAGGUUGAACCUGUUCAAUGGUGGGAUGUGUGCAGACGAUCAGAUUGGCCAGAGAGAGAAGAAUCUAUUUCUGGGACUACCUUUGCAAGACAAGAAGUUGUUGAGAUGAUUGGUAAUAGCUAUAAAACUAAGCUUCCAGAUGUGAAUGAGAGUCUUGGGGGAAAACAGUUGGUGAAAGUUGAUUCAGUAAAGCCCCAUGAGAGAUCCCAUUGGUACCUAUCUAAUGUAGAGGUGCAAAUUAACUCUGGGAGGUUACCAAUAUGGCAAAAAUCCAAGAUUCGUUUGUACAUGAUUACUCCUCCAAGAAUCAAUGGUUAUGUGGGUGGGGAGCUGGAGAUUGAGCAGGUUCCAUUUCAUGAAGUGGAAGUAAAACGGAAGGAUUUGUUGCCUGUUUUUGAUCAUUUCCAUAGCAUCAAGUCAAAUUGGAAUGACAGAGGGCUAUGGGGAGGAACAUAUCCCAAUGCUUCAUCAUUGGGGCUCCAUCAGGUCAGAGAGAAGGUCACUGAAGAAACCGUUAUUUGUCAUUCAAAGCCAGCAUCACUAAGCUCCACUGAAAGCUCAGAUGGAGGAGGAUCAUCGAGAAGAAUGGAGAACUUUCUUGAUUUGGACCAAGUGAAUGCUGAGAAGCCUAUGACACAUAUCAGUGAUUCUAUGAAUAUGUUCACCCCGGAAAGAAGGGGGAGUACGAACGUUGAAUCCGCCCUACUGAGACAGAAGUCCUUGCCUUCUGAACAUUCAAAGAACACUUAUUCUCUUGCUGAUGGCUCGAACAAAAAUGGGCUGUCCUCGGAAGAGCACAACGUCCCUUCUGGUGCAACAGUUCCUGAUGCUUCUGUGAUGAAGUCAGAUGACUUAAUUUUAACUGCUGAACAUUUUGAUUCGGCUAUGAAUGUAAAUGAAGGGGGUUCUAAACCUUCUAGACUGCAAAAUCUGGUGGAGUUUGAGCCUUUUUUUCAAGAGGGUUAUUGCAAAGCAUUGGACGUCGAUGGAUGCUGCAGGUUAGCUGAAGAAGUAACUGAUGCUGUGGACUGCAGCGAGAAACAGUGUCAGAGAGAAAACCCAGACGAUGAUGAUUUGCUUGGUGGCAUGUUUUCCUUCUCCGAGGAAGGUUGACUCAUAGCUUCCAUGAGGAGUGAGAGGAAUGUCAUUGGGUUUCGAAUGUUGUCAAGGUGUGCCUUAUACAACAUUCUGGAUAGAUUGGGGUGAGAAUGUACGUGAUCCUCUCUCUCUUCCUUGAUCGCUCCCUCGCUCUAUUUUGUACAGUUUGUAUAUUGGGAAACAAGAUUCAUGGAGGGUCUAUCAUUUGUUUAGGAAUGGAGGAUAAAGUUUGAAUUCUGGAACUAAGAUUUGGUUUGGCAAGAUGCGUGUAUAGAUGAUUGCAGUGUGACCAAGUUCUGUCCCAAGCUGUGUAACAAUAUUUUGUUUCUUU